AUGUAUACUUCAACAACUCUCUUCACGCUUAUCCCCCUCCUGGCCAGCGGAGCCUUCGCUUACCAAUGCACCGGGUCCGUCCUUCCGGUGGGCGGCAGUGUCGUGCUGCCAACGAACCAGGGUUACUGUUGUGGAUCUACUGGACCUCUCGUGCUUAACGAUUGCACAAACGCAGGACAAUCGGAGGUAGAGCAAGGUAGCCUCGCAGACUUCACUGCUCAUUGCACCCGGACUGGCAAGAGUCCUGCGUGCUGCGCUGCGCUAAACGUCGCUGGCGUCCGCGUGGUCAUUGGAUGCAACAAGAUCACUUAA